AUGUUUAAUCCAAGAAAACAACUACCCAAUAUUCAUAAUCCUGUCACAACCUUAAAUGACACUCACAAUUUUGAUUUCCAUGUAUCACAGAAACAUGGAAACAUUCAAUCUAGAGAUCAAAAAAUUGAAGAUGAUGAUGAAUCUGGUGCUUCUUCACCAGCCUUGUGGAAAAAUAGUCCAUCAAGAAGUCCAGUACAUCCCAUAAACUAUAGAUCACUUUCGCCAAAUUCUAGAACUCAAGCUAUAGCUAGAGGGCAAUGUGAACUCAUGGAAAUGGUCAAGAACAUGCCUGAAUCUUGUUUUGAGCUUUCUUUAAAGGAUCUUGUCGAGCAGACAAAAUCCUUUGAAUCUCAAAAAGAAUGCUUAAUUAAUAGUAACAGGGAGAAAAAUCAAGCUGUGAUGCAGAACAGAGUGAAUAUUAAGAAGAAUGAACAAAUUAAGAAAGCGAAGAUGAUGAUGAGAAGUACAAGUAUAGAGAAUCGAGGGGUAUUUAUCAAAAUGGUUUCCCCUGUUUCUUUGAGAUCAAAGAAGACGAAAAAGAAGAAUCCAUCAGCAAAUACAACUAGAGUUUCUCCUAAACCUGAAGAAUGUGAAAAUAUUUCUUCAAAGAAUUUGGAAAAAGAGUGGUGGAAGAAGAGAUUUUCUGGUUCAAGUAGCAGCAAUAGUACUGGAAGCAGUGGCAGAAAUAGCAGCAGGGGCAGCAGCAGAAACAACAACAACAACAGGAAAAGGGAAGGGUUAUUAAGCAGCUGUUGGUCAAGUUUAUGCUUAUCAGAGAAAAACAAAGUGAUGACUGAUUUAGAUUGGUGAUGCCCCUUAUCUAUA